AUACAUAGUAGAGUUACACAUAGCUUAAAAGUUAAAACAUCCCGUCCACGACGAUGCCCACGUGUCUGCUACUCACCGUCUGGUUGCUCUUGUGUAUCUCCUGUUCGGUUCACCAAGUUCGAGCUCAAAACCGAACUGGAGCCACUACUACUCAUCCGGACGAAGCACGAGCCUUGAACUCCAUCUUCGCGGCUUGGAGGAUCCGUGCUCCGAGCGCAUGGAACAUCAGCGGUGAACUUUGCUCCGGCGCGGCCAUCGAUGAGGGAAUAGUCAUCGACGACAAUGACUACAACCCUUUAAUCAAAUGCGACUGCAAUUUCGUCAACACCACAAUCUGCCGCAUCACAGCACUCAAGGUUUUUGAGAGGAAUGUUGUAGGACCUAUACCUCCAGAGCUCUGGACUUUGACAUACCUCACCAAUCUGAAUCUGGGUUAUAAUUAUCUUACAGGCUCCCUUUCUCCUGCAAUUGGAAAUUUGACUCGAAUGGAAUGGCUGACUUUUGGGGUCAAUGCCUUGUCUGGCCCCUUGCCCAAGGAAAUUGGUUUGCUUUCAGAAUUGAGAUCGCUUGCUAUUGGUGUAAAUAACUUUUCCGGUUCUAUACCAGCUGAGAUUGGGAAUUGUGCGAAACUACUGAAAAUAUAUCUUGGAACUUCUGGACUGGGUGGUGGGGGAAUACCUUCAUCAUUUGCUAAUCUUGUAGAGCUGGAAGAGGCCUGGCUAAACGAUCUGGACAUCACUGGUCAGAUACCAGAAUUUAUAGGAAAAUGGAGUAAACUUACUAUCUUGAAAAUUCACGGAACUGGUUUGAGUGGUCCGAUACCGUCGUCAUUUUCCAACUUAACUUCUUUGAUAGAAUUGCAUCUUGGUGAUAUAUCCAAUGGAAGCUCUUCUCUUGAAUUCAUCAAAGGCACGAAAUCUCUAAAUAUUUUAGUAUUUAGGAACAGCAAUCUCACUGGGACAAUACCCUCUAAUAUCGGGGCCUUCUCAAGUCUGAAACAAGUUGAUUUGAGCUUCAACAAACUACAUGGACCAAUUCCGGCUUCACUUUUCAACUUAAGUGGACUUACUCACUUGUUUCUUGGAAACAACACGUUCAAUGGUUCUUUGCCCACUCAAAAGAGCCAGACGUUGAGCCAUAUAGAUGUUUCGAACAAUGAUUUGUCUGGUAGUCUUCCUUCAUGGGUCAGCUUACCAAACCUGAAUCUCAACCUUGUUGUUAACAACUUCACCUUGGAAGGUCUAGACAAGAGGGUUUUACCAGGACUGAAGUGCCUGCAGAAGAACUUCCCUUGCAAUCGAGGCAAAGGAAUCUAUUCUGACUUUUCGAUCAACUGCGGAGGAUCACAAAUACGGUCUGUUAGCGGAGCAGUAUUUGAGAGCGAUGAGGAGGAUCUUGGAUUGGCUUCAUUUUUCGUGAGUGAUGUUCAGAGAUGGGCAGCCACUAGUGUAGGAGCUUAUGCCGGAAAGAUCAAUAAUGUAUGGGUUGUCAACACUUUGGACUCCGACUCAAAGCUUUUUCAGACAGCAAGACAUUCUUCAUCUUCCGUAAGGUAUUAUGGGUUGGGGCUAGAAAAUGGAGGCUAUACCGUAACACUUCAGUUUGCUGAAAUACUGAUUCUUGGUUCUAACACAUGGAAAGGUCUAGGAAGACGACCUUUCGACAUUUAUGUCCAGGGAAGACUUGUUGAAAAGGAUUUUGAUAUACGUAGAACAGUUGGUGACUCUACUGUCCGAGUAGUUCGGAGAGAAUAUAAAGCAAUUAAUGUAUCAGAAAAUUACCUUGAAAUUCAUCUUUUCUGGGCUGGCAAAGGAUCAUUUGGUAUUCCUGUUUUGGGUACUUAUGGGCCACUGAUAUCGGCCGUCAGUGCAAAACCAGAUUUUACACCAACUGUAGCUAACAGGCUACCACAAAGGGAAAAGUUUGGCACUGGUACUUUUGUGGCUGCUAUUGUUGGCAUAGGACUUUUGAUCAUCUUUUUUGCGGGCGUGGUUCUCUUCAUCAUCCAAAAAAGCAGAAAGCGCUACACAGAUGAUGAAGAGCUGCUUAGUAUGGACGUAAAACCUUACACUUUUACUUACUCUGAACUUAAAAGUGCCACUCAAGAUUUCGAUCCCUCAAACAAGCUUGGAGAGGGAGGGUUUGGGUCUGUUUAUAAGGGGAACCUGAGUGAUGGAAGAGAGAUCGCUGUGAAAGUGUUGUCGGUUGGAUCCCGACACGGGAAGGGACAAUUUGUAGCAGAAAUCGUAACAAUUUCUACAGUUUUGCAUCGCAACCUAGUAAAGCUUUACGGGUGCUGCUAUGAAGGAGAUCAUCGUUUGCUUGUAUAUGAGUACCUCCCUAAUGGAAGUCUCGAUCAUGCACUAUUUGGCCAUGGAGGUAAAAAGAUUUUACAUCUUGAUUGGCCAACCCGUUUUGAGAUAUGCCUGGGAGUAGCCAGAGGUCUAGCCUACCUCCACGAGGAGGCAAGUGUUUGCAUAGUACACAGGGAUGUGAAGGCCAGCAACAUUUUGCUUGACUCUAAGCUUCUCCCAAAAGUUUCUGAUUUUGGGCUUGCAAAGCUAUACGAUGACAAGAAAACCCACAUGAGUACCAGAGUGGCAGGGACCAUUGGAUAUGUUGCGCCAGAGUAUGCCAUGCGUGGACAUCUAACAGAGAAAACGGAUGUGUAUGCCUUUGGUGUUGUGGCUCUUGAGCUAGUGAGUGGAAGGCCAAACUCUGAUGUGAGCCUCGGUGAAGAAAAAAAAUAUCUUCUUGAAUGGGCAUGGAAUUUACACGAGAAAAGCCGUGAAAUGGAACUAGUAGAUCCUGAUCUGAUUGAAUUCAACAUGGAAGAAGUGAAACGCAUGAUAGGAAUUGCUCUGUUGUGCAUUCAGACAUCUUAUGGCUUGAGACCACCCAUGUCAAGAGUGGUGGCCAUGCUUUCAGGAGACGUUGAGGUCAGUGAUGUAACCUCUAAGCCAGGCUACCUAACCGACUGGAGAUUUGAUGACACCUCUAGCUCCUCUUUCAGCGCCUUUCAAACUAAAGAAACAGACACUUCUUCGUCCUACUCCACAGGGUUUGUGACCCCUAGAAACGGUGACCUUAAGCAAAUGCUUGGAGUCAAGAUCAAUGAGGGGAGAUGACAAUGUUUCUCCUCUAUCUAUACAUACCUUGUUGAAAAUUGAUUCAAAGGUAUCAUUCAGCAAAAGUGUUUUUGUGUUUUGUUUUCUGUUCAACAGUUUUUCUCUGUUCCUCUGUUUUACAGCAGACCUUUGUGUUAUUGUGUAUGUGACUAGAUGAGGAUACCAUUUUCUUAAACAUAUUUCCAAUAAUGUUUUGAGCACUUCAUAAUGAGGUUUUCC